UUAGGCGGAAGAGAUCUUUUGAGAGAGAGUUGGACUCGGCGGAAACGGCGGAGGUCCUAAUGAGGGACUGCCGAAAAGGAGCGCAGACAUUCGGCCAGAGCACCAGACAUGAGUCCGAGAUAUCUGUUGUUGCAGGUGGCGGACUGAAGACGAUGCUGGGUGCCAUGGAAGUUCCAAGUCAUGCUAGGGAUCUCCUCCUGCAGCUCAACAGCCAACGAACCAAAGGCUUCCUGUGUGAUGUUAUCAUUGUGGUGCAGAACGCCCUCUUCCGAGCUCACAAGAACAUUCUGGCUGCCAGCAGCCUCUACUUGAAAUCUUUGGUGGUCCAUGACAAUCUCAUCAACCUCGACCACGAGAUGGUGAGUCCAGGGGUCUUCAGGGUCAUUCUGGACUACAUCUACACAGGCCGCCUUAGUGAAGGAGAUCCCACUUCUCCCACUGAACCCAAUCUAGGGGCUGUCUUGGCAGCUGCCAGCUACCUUCAGCUGCUUGACUUAGUGGCGGUGUGCAAAAAGAAGCUGAAAAGAAAUGGCAAGUACCCUCCCCGCCCAGGUCCCGCAUUUCUGCCCUACCCAAAGUUGGGGCCCAACAGCAUGGGUUUAGGGAGUGGUGGCAGGUAUAGGAUUUCUACUCCUGUCAUUCAAUCAUGCCCUCCAGGAGGAAUUUUGAACAGCCAUAUAACCCGGGCAUCACCACUAGAGGAGCUAGUUCCCCAUCGACUAGCCAUUCAUGCUGGGGAGCUGUAUGCUCCAACCUCCAUGCAGGGCUCUCAGGUGUUCCCGUCCCUGCAGCCAGCUCUGCCCGCCCAGCUUGGGCGCUCAGCCCACCCUGAGAGGAACUGCUCCCCCAACUACGGCCUUGAUCUCUCCAAGAAAAGUCCCAACUCCCAGUCGCAGCACACCCCCUCUCGAUCCCAUCUGGCAAACACUCAUAAUGAUGAGGAGCGAAACGGGACUCUGAGUGGCCGUGUCAGUCCCAUGCAGGGGACGAAUGGAAGGGCCUUCCCCUCAGAAAAAAUGGAGUCAACCGACCAUGCAAGCUCCCGCACUCCUCCACAUUUCCCCCAUCUCAACCAGCCUCUUGGCCCACACCUCCCCCACCUGCACCACUCAGGCUCCCAGGCCAGAGAUCGCUACCCAUGUCCCCCCAGCCCUGACACACCAACGGAAGCUGGAGAGGCGCGCAGAGAUAUGGGCAACAUCUACCGCUGGGUGAAACAUGAGCCACUAUCAUACACAGCUGAGGAUGAAGAUGAGGAUGAGGAUGAGGAGGAAAGCGGUGAAAAUGGACACCAUCAUCAUAACCACCACAAGGCCGGGGAGGAGAGUGAAGGAGCAGACGACAAGAGCGGGUCAGGCACAGAGGAGACAGGCAGUAGUGAAGGCCGCCCGUCCCCUUCUGGACCAAUGGGGAGGUUCCACAUGCCGUAUGAGCCGGAGAGCUUCGGGGACAAUCUCUACGUCUGCAUCCCCUGUGACAAAGGCUUCCCGAGCUCAGAGCAGCUCAAUGCACAUGUGGAGACGCACACAGAAGAAGAGCUGUAUGGCAACUCUGGUGGGGAGAUGGGGAACAGCAAUAACAGCAGCACCAGAAACAUAAGCAGCAAUACCAACGGUUACGGGAGCCUGAACAUCAGCAACAGUUUGAACAGUCUGUCCCACCUGGAGACCAAGUCCAGCCAGGGGCUGGGUUCAGGGGGCAUCGGGGAGAUGAUGCGACCCUACCGCUGUUCCUCCUGCGAGAAGUCCUACAAAGACCCAGCCACUUUGCGGCAGCAUGAGAAGACCCACUGGCUGACCCGGCCUUACCCCUGCAGCAUCUGUGGCAAGAAGUUCACGCAGCGGGGCACCAUGACCCGCCACAUGCGCAGCCACCUGGGCCUUAAACCCUUUGCGUGCGACUCCUGUGGCAUGCGCUUCACUCGCCAGUACCGCCUCACCGAGCACAUGCGCAUCCACUCCGGGGAGAAGCCCUAUGAGUGUCAGGUGUGCGGGGGAAAGUUCGCGCAGCAGCGCAACCUCAUCAGCCACAUGAAGAUGCACAGCAGUGGAGGGAGUGCAGGGGGCCUGACCACAGAUGGGAAGUUGAAGCUGGACUUUGCUGAGGGCAUCUAUCCGCUGAGUAAAUAUGCAGCAGAGCACCUGGGGCUGAAGCAGGAGAAGGCCAAUGAGCUUCUCAUCCAAGCCCAGCAGCAACUUGUUGCCGAUGCAAAGGUCAUGGAAAGCCUCUACCCACUGUCCAAAUUGGCCUCAGAGCACCUGGGUAUCUCCCACGACAAGAUGGACAUCCUGGGCCAACCUCUUCACCCUGCCCAACAGGCCCUCUCCGACGCCCGCAUCAUCGACCGCUACUCACCCAGCUAAGACCACAAGACCUGUAUACAUGGCAUUCACCAAUAGGUCUGUGGUGCACACACAACUUGCAGUAUUCUAAAGCCAUUCACCUCAACUCGAUAUCUCCACUGCACCUCAGACUCAGGCCAAGAGGAAUUGGUCUGUUCACCAACAUGUGUGGACUGUAAGUGCCUUUCUAUGCAUCUAAUGUAUCUUAAAGGACCUUUGUGCUAUUCCGUGCCCAAGAGACACUUCCUGAAACACGUACAGUAUGUAUGUAUGUACAGCGUAUGCAAAAAGAACAUUGAGAAAGUACAGCCAUUGAGCCAAAGUGACGAAUUGAAAACCAAAAUGAAAUUGUUUUAUUUAUUUUUCUAUUGUAGUGAAAUCCAAAGAGAAACUGUUGCAAGGAAACGUUGCAAUCUGACCCUAAACCUGUGUACUAAUAAGUAUUAUCUUUGUACAACAUUUGAAAAAGCACAUAAGGACACGAUUCAGGGUUUCGGUCCAGACCUGAGCAAAACUUUUACCAAAUGAAUAAGCCAACUCCUUUGGACUUUAACGUAAUGGGUGGAUGUAUAUUUUUUUCUUUUUUUCUUCUGUUUUUGGGGUACUGGACAAUUCAUGUAUCUUACUCUCCAGCUUCUCCAAAUCAUGUUCAUGCUUCCCAAGUUGCAAGGAAGUGACGAAACGAUAAGAGCAAUUGCAUCAGGAUCUCGCUUUAAAUCUCUGUUUUAUUUUCUCCACAUUUUAAAAAGUAAACCACUCCCCCACUUAUGUUUUGUGGAUAAAGGGUCCAACUUUGUGACAGUAAUAGUAGCGUAAUCAGCCUUACACCUGUGUUAACAUGUAACCCCUUUUGAGCUCAAGCUUCCUUUGUAUUUUGAUUCACAUCCCUUAGCUUUCAGUUGUUAUUGAGAUGCAGAAAGCACAGCCCUGUGAUCUCAUAACUGGGACAUGAUUGCAAAUACCCAACUGAUGACACACUAAUCCCUGUUCAUGAUGAGCGUAGCUUCAUCUCGUCGUGUAGACGAAGCUUGGGCUUUGCCUCUGACAUGGUGUAAUAUUUGCAAUUACCGAUGCAGCCGUUCAGAAAGGAUUGAACAGAAUUAAUUGCACAGAUAUCUGUCAGUCAGGAGCAAUUACGAUCCACAGCAGCACAUUGAUUCACCGUGUGGCAGCAGUAGUCGGACGCUGUUCCGCUGUCCGACCUCUCGUUUGACCUCCAUCCCCUGUAGUCUGUUGUCUGGGACCCCUGCUACUGUUGACAGGCCAACGUGAGUGCCUUAGCCUGAAAUGCGCUCCACUACACUCAGCACACACAUACAUUCACCCCCCCGUCUCACCACAAACACACACACUCACACAUAGUGAGCUGCUAAUCUGUCUGUGAUAUGAACAUAAGAAGGGGUUUGUGGGUCUUCCCUGGAAGUCAGCGGGUGAACAACACAUCCCAGCUGCUGUGCCUCAGUAAUCUCUGUGAAAUUUCACUUUCUCCUGGACAAAUUCCACUGCUCGCCGGCAUGAUGUCCCAUUUCAUGCCUGCCAUCUUACCCCUUUUACGUCUCUUAUCCAUUUAUUAACAUAAUAUCCGAGCCGAGCAAAUGUCUCCCGGACCGGUCUCCCUUCCCCGCUGGUAUUAAGCGGGGAAACAAAGAAUGACAUAUUUCUGUGUUGGCUGCCCAGCAGUUCCUCCAGCUUGAAAACAAAAGAGCACUUAAAGGUUGCGGGUUGACGGCGUAUUUGUCGUCUUUAAAAUGUUUAUUCCAAAGAACAUGCUGGCCUUUUCUACUGGUCCUUGAUUCAGAUAAACAAUGUCUGACCACUAUAGUACCAAUGCGAACCUCAGCGGGUGAAUGUGAAGACUAAAGCCAUAAAUAUACACUGUGAUAGACGUGGUGAAUCUUAAAGGCUUAAAAAUAAAUAAAAAAACAGAGACAAUGUGCCUGGUUUUUGCGAUUUUGAAAACAAAAUGUAACAAUAAUUUAAGGGCUUCUCUUUUCUGUAGCAUAUGAUCAUAUCAAACAUGUUUUUUUCUGUCACUUACUUUUCUUUAUUUUGGUUUGAACUGAAAAUAGCGCACGUGAAACUGGUGCUUACCUCAGGACUGAACCCAGCGUGGGGACGCUAAGCUUUACUACACCUUCCAAUUAUCAAAACACACAAUUACACAGACACACUUGCACACACACACAGUUUUUAUUUUAUUUUUUAUAUUAACAGGGCAGUUGUCCUGUGUUAAACCUGUGGUUAUUUCUGUGUUUAUACAUUUCUUGUUACAGUUUUAUGGUGGAGAGAUAACAUGUGAUAUUAACGUUUGUUUGAAUUUUUACUAUGCGGUAUACAUUUUCUAUUAUGUUGUCCUCAAAGAGGCUUGUGUCGGCUUGACCAAUUCCAUUACGAAAACAUAAGGCAAAGUCAUUUUGGUUGUAUCUUAACUGGCUGCUUGUGAAUUUCUGAAUCGUUCUUUAGUGAGCGUCAAUCUUUGGUUUCAACCACACAUACAAGGUCUGGGUGACAAGUGUUGUGCUUUGAAAUGUCUCCAAAAGACUUAAUGUAUUCCCAGUGCUAAAAAGACAAGCAGUAUGAAAACUAGCUUCAAAUUGUGUGACCCUUUUUCUCCAGAGGUGAGUGAACUUUGAAUGAUGGGAGUGAGACUGAGGCUGCACAUGCACACAAACACACAAGAUGUCCCCUUGUUUCGGAUCAUUCUUCCAAUUUUUAAAUUAUUUUUUAGCUCUUUUACAAAUAAAUAGAAAGGAUAGCUUCGAUAAAACAGCCAGCUUGUGCAUACGUGCAAACAAUGUUGGGGGAGAAGGAAGUGUCAGUCGUGGGAAUUUCUGUCCUCUCACUCCUUCUCGUUCACUCGUUUGAAUGAAAGUGGGCAUCCUCUUUUUCCAUUCCAUAACAUGAAAAGUUUCCACAGCCACUCCAAAUCUCUGCAGGAGGGAAGAACAAGAUAAUGGCUGAACAUUUCUGUAGGAUGUGCACUGUUUGAAAUGUGCCCAAUUGCAUUAAUGUGUAUGACAGACGGAGGGGCUGCGUAUCUGUCGAGAGGGGAAGCGUUUGCUUGUCUGUUUGUAUGUCCCGAUGCCAUUUGAGCGUACGGAGGGCUGUUAAUGCACGUCCUGGGAAUAGGGUCGAUGUGAAGGAGAAGAGCUGAGGAGCAGGAAGUGAACCUUUGGCUUGUGUGUUGUGUUGAGCAGGAUGUGCCGUGUGUUUCUGCUCAGAGGCAGAUAGAGAGACGGAGAAUGGGGAGGGAGAGGAGCAGGGAGAGCGCAGCAGGGUGGAUCCGAGCCAUUGUCUCAGUAUGAAAGCCUGUUCAUACUUCUGAAACCCUCCAUUCAGAAAACAAGGAGACUGUAUCUUCUCUUUUCCUUCCCCUCUUUGCUCGUUGGGAAUAGACCGUUUGCUCAGUGUCACGCUGAUACGACAUCAUGAGUUUUCAAGGGCCGCACGGCGAAGCAGACAUUUAGUUACAACUUGAGGAUUUUAAGAAUAACAUGGUUUGGCAUCCUUUUGGUCACAGGAAUACGUUAAGAUAUUUAAAAAAUAUUUAUAUAGAUAAAUAUAUAUUUAGGCAGGGUUGAUCAAUAUUGAAACUAUAAUCCAAAUCACAAUUUAAAAAAUGGCAGAAUUUGUAGUGCUCUGUGGUUGUUUCAAUUUGCUGGUGUUGCCACCCGCCCCUUUGGGUUUUAUGCCAUAUCCCAUUAUUAUUGUUAUUUAUUUGACACAACAACCCAGAAAACUUCCCCAAAAGUGGUUUUGAUGAAGAUGUUUUAAAAGAAAUUAAAUGAAGCAUUUCAAACUAUUUAUUAGUUACAAUAAUUGAUAUUCAACAAAUUAAUGAAUGCAAAUAUAAAUGAGUGCAUCAAGACAAACCACCAACAUUUUAUUAUUUAAACCACUCGAUUUCUCUCUAAUGAUGUUGCAACCAUCCUAGACCCGUGACUUUUAUACAGUAUAGAAGUAAAAGCCUGGAUGACUUCCAAUGGCCCCGUGCAGACCAAAAAAGGGUUUAGGUUAAUUGUUGAAACAUUCAAAGUAUGCCUUUAAGCUUUCUACCAGCGGCAGCGGGCCGAGGUCACUAUGUGACUCUGACAGGCUGUAUAAUCCCGAUCUGCAAUCAUAGUUGUUUGACAUUUAUUAUAUUUCACGAUGUGUGCCUAAAGGACUGAAGCAUUUAGCAGACAUCACAGAUGCUCAAAGCAAAACUCAGCGACGAUCUUUGUAUUUUCCACGGGUUGCAUUUUCGAGCUAAGCUUGUGACCAACUUUGACUUUUCCUUAUUGUUAUUAUUUCUCUAUGUGGCUAAUAUGGCAUGAGAGCACAGCGCGGACGUGCCACUAUUGUCCAGUGUACAUACUUCUUUUUAUGAGGAUUCAUUUAAAAUGUAAGAUAGAGCCAAAUUAUAUUAAUAUUCAAGCCUUAUUUUGGUGUUCAAAUCAAAAACUGACUCUUACUUAAGUCAGCCAACACAAUCGUGCCUUCAAUAUAACAUGGGUUAGUGAUUCUGCAAUAAAUUGUGUGUAAGCCUGUGUGUUUGUAUGUGUGUUUGUAUGUUUGUGUGUGUGUGUAGGUGUUCUGAUGUGUCCACAUAGUGCACCUGUCCAUCUACAUAUCUACAUGUCUGAACGCCGUUCCCACAGUGGAGCAGGGUGAAGUACAAGAGAGAGAUUUGACACUUUCAAAAGUCUUUAUUACAAGCAGCUGCUUUCGAUUUAUUUCCCCAAACUGCACUUUUCUGGAAAAAUCAUUGUAUUGUGAUUUUUUUAUUACUCUUAUGAUCCCCUAGAAGUCCCACAACGGCCUUUCCCCUGGCACUUAGCUCUCUUUUGCUUUCCUCCUCUUCCUCCCUGUGCAGGGCUUGGCCACGCUUAUCCACUGGCCUUGUUACCUCGGAGCACAACUUCCCUUCCUCACCUCUCUCUGUCCCUUCUCUCUUUUACACUCCACACAAACCGUUGACCCACAGCGCCCGCUGCCUCCCUCCUCUCCCAUGAUCCACUCACUUCCAGCUGUUUUUCAUGCUGAAAAAGACAGUUGUCUAAAUGUUUAUGUGAGGAGCUACUUUCUUUUUCUUUAAGCCCUGAUCAAUUUCCAAAAAGAACUUUGUGGCAUGUGUUAAAAUACAGGAGAUGACGGGCCAAAUAAGAAAAAGGGUCUGACAUCAUUAUUAAAUUCUGAUCCUCAAGCCAAGAAAAUGCUUACAAAGGGAGAUUAAAGGCAGCAUGUCGUUGUAGAGGAAAUGCAGAAUAAUGUGAGGGGAAAUGUUCGGGGGGAAAAUAUGCUCAGAAAGAUGCCAGUAAAGUAAACAUGUAUGAAAUUGCACAAUUGAGCCGGGCCUCCGCUGCACCAGCCAAGUCAUGCACUGAGAUGGAGAGAACGAGUAAGGGAGCGGCGGAGUUGAGAGGGAAAAAAAGAAGAAACGGAGAGAAAAAUAGCCUGUGCUUGAUAGUCACAACCUUCAGUAAAUCACCAGGAAAAGCUGGCUGCUCUGUGAGUCUCUUCACCUAUCCCCCCCCACCUCAUUCUCUGAGCUUACUCUGUUUCGUUUCCCUCUUUUUGGACAUUAUCUUGUGAGGAAAAUGUAGUUUUUUAAAAACUUUUCAUUGUUUAUUGCUGCAGGUCAUUGUCAAGGUUUUUUCUUCUUCUUGUAAAUGUGAAUGUUCAUGUCAGCGUGUCCUCAGAGAUGUCAUCCUUGUUCCAGACCUAACAAUUAUCACCCAAUCAGCACACAACCCACAGUAGGCUCUUUGUAGUUUAAUAGGAGAGGGGGUUCUGGCUAACGUGUCGUCUUCCAUCUGUUUAGUUUGGACCUCUGUUUCUGUCUCUACCUUGAACACAUACAAGAUAAACCAAGUGGACUUUGGCUGGAACCUUUUGGUUUACAGUGUACAACUUCUGCUCCAGAAGUUUAAAUUCAAAGACAAACAAAGAGCAAGGACAAAACAAGCAGGAAUUUGGAAGAACACACGUUGGUCAAGGAGUAGAUUUGAAUGUAUAUACUUCAAACAACAAACACAGACACACACACAAACACACACACACACACACACGCACGCGCACACACAUGCUCACGUGGACACACACAGCUGGAUGGCAGACUGCUGCUCCAGUCCAUAUUAGAUCAGAUUUAAUUAGGUUUCCCUGCUCCGUUUGGACUGUCGCUUCUUAUAGAAAAAGCCAUUAUUAAAGAAAAGGUGAUUCCACUGACAGCUUCCACUAACACACACUAAAACCUGCGCCAAAAUGUUACACAGCCUCAGGGGCCUCGCACACACACACACACACACACACACACACACACACACACACACACACACACACGCACGCACACACACACACAAGAUAUAUGCUGGUGUUGGGAAAUGGCGAUGUGUAGGAAUGAUGUGUUAUGAUCUAAUGGAGAUCAGUGUGACGUAUUGAGGCGGUUGUACGACUAGUUGUGGUUCAUAAAAAAGUUCAGUAUUAACACAGACUGCCACGCAGUAGCAUCGGGAUGAAUGGAGAAAACAAAAUACAUGACAGGGCCUGUCUUAUUUUAAAUGGAAAUUAUAUUUUUCAGUGGAAGACAGGAUAUUAUUUCAGCAGGCAUGAAGCAAACGUCCAUGAAACAUCAAUAAUGUCCAGUGUUUCAUUUUGUGGUUUUACAAGAGUUUAUACCAUGAAAACAAUUAAAAGCAAUACAUUUAACCAAACAGUAUUUUUGCAUUUUCUGCAUUUCAUUGUCAAUAUUGAUCUUACUUUGCUUAGAGAAAUGAAUGUAUUUAUUGCAUGUCAAAAUGUUUUAUAAUGAAUUCUUUGUGUACAUUUCUAUUGUGGGUUUUUAUAAUUUCAUCUAAUUAUGGUGUCUUCAUAAAAUCAUGUCGAUAAGGCUUUUAUUUUGUUAAAAGCCAAUGUGAAAAAUGUCAUGUUUGUUUUGUUUGUUAGUAUACUUAAAAUCAACUUGGCAAUAAAGUGAAUUGCAUAAUGGA